AUGGCAAAAUCCAACCUGAGUUCCAGUUUGUUAGAUGAGCCAGUGGGCAGGAGGACCGCAGACAAGGAUGACAUGUCUGCUGCCAGCUGUCUUCUAUCUGAAGAUCAGUUUCUGUGCUCCAUCUGUCUGGAUGACUUCACUGAUCCAGUCUCCAUACCAUGUGGACACAACUUCUGCAAAAACUGCAUCAGUCAUCACUGGGAUAUCAGUGAGAGGUGUCAGUGUCCCAUGUGUAAAAAGGUGUUCAGGAUGAGACCUGAGCUGCACGUCAACAGUUUCAUCUCUGAGAUGGUUUCUCAGUUCAGACGUGAACAACAAGCUGCCAAACCAGGAGAAGUUCCCUGUGACAUCUGCACUGGAACCAAACUGAAGGCCCUGAAGUCCUGCCUGGUGUGUCUGGCCUCCUACUGUCAGACUCACCUGGAGCCUCAUCUGACAGCUUCAUGUCUGAAAAGACAUCAGCUGAUCGAUCCUGAGGAGAACCUGGAAAGCAGGAUGUGUAUGAAGCACAAUAAACCUCUGGAGCUGUUCUGUAAGACCGAUCAGACAUGUGUCUGCAUGCUCUGCUCUCUUAUAGACCACAGGACUCAUGAGUUUGUUCCUCUGAGAGAAGAAUAUGAAGGACCAAAGUCAGAACUGAUCAAGACUGCGGCUGAAAUUCAACAGAUGGUCCAGAAGACACGGCUGAAGAUUCAGGAGAUCAAAGAGUCGGUGAAGAUGAGUAAAGAUGCUGCAAAUAGAGAGAAAGCAGAAGGUGUUCAGGUCUUCACUGCUCUGAAGGAGUCUGUUGACAGACGUCUGAACGAGCUCAUAAAGGAGAUUGAAGACAAACAAGAAUCUACAGAGAAACAGGCUGAAGGUUUCAUCAAAGAUCUGAAACAGGAAAUCUCUGAGCUGAUGAAGAGAAGCUCUGAGGUGGAGCAGAUCUCACACUCUAAAGACCACCUCCACCUCCUCCAAAGAUUCUCAUCCCUGAAAGCUGCUCCAACCACCAAGGACUGGACAGAGGUCAGUAUCCAUCCACCAUCAUAUGAGGGGACUGUGGUGAGAGCUGUGGAUCAGCUGAAGGAGACACUCAGUAAAGACAUGAAGAAGCUGUUUGAGGCUGAGCUGAAGAGGGUCCAGCAGUAUGCAGUGGAUGUGACUCUUGAUCCUAAUACAGCACAUCCUUAUCUCAUCCUGUCUGAUGAUGGAAAACAAGUACACUGUGGUGAAGAGGAGAAGGAUCUUCCAGACAACCCAGAGAGAUUUUCUGAAUUUCCCAUUGUUUUAGGAAAGCAGAGUUUCUCUUCAGGCAGAUUUUACUUUGAGGUUCAGGUUAACGACAAGACUGAAUGGGCUUUAGGGGUGGCCAGAGAGUCAGUCAACAGGAAGGAAGUCAUGACAUUGAGUCCUAAAAAUGGUUACUGGACUGUAGGAGUAUGUGAAAAUAUUUGUGUAGCAGUUGAUGACCUUCCAGUCCAUCUCCCUCUUCAGUCUGGUCCUCAGAAGGUUGGGGUGUUUGUGGAUUAUGAGGAGGGUCUGGUGUCCUUUCAUGAUGUAGAUGAUGUAGAUGUGAUAUAUUCCUUUUCUGGCUUCUCCUUCACUGAGAAACUCUACCCAUUCUUCUGUCCCGGCGGUAAUGAUGGUGGUAAAAACUCUGAUCCUCUGAUCAUCUGUCCAGUCAAUCAGUGA